ACAAGCCGCCAGGGGCGGAAGAGAGCAGACCCCCGCCCCCAUUUCAAAAGGUGUCAUCAUUUUUAUUCCAAAAAGUUCUGGUUGAUGGGUCGUUAUCGUAUAUCAGGGACUUUACGAAGUUAUUCCGUCACGUUUUGCGCGUCUUCUUAAGGAAAACCCUGUUUGAAAGAAGGAAAAAACCUCUGGGGGACUUCAUCUCGCCAUCCUAUGACUCCAAAAAAUACUCAGCAGUGGCUACAAGUGGUCGGACAUGCAGGGGCCUUUCAUGUUGGGGAUUAUGGCACACUCUUAAAGAGGUUUUGUAAGGGUGAGCAACAAUGCUACCUCAGGCUAAUGGAGGACAUUUUGAAGCCCUUUGUUCCCGUCUACCAUGGUGUAGUGCAGCACGAAAAGGAGGAUUACAAUAUGAUGGAUAACUUGCUGACCCAUUUCGACAUGCCUUCCAUCAUGGACUGCAAGAUGGGCAGCCGCACAUACCUUGAAGAGGAGCUGCUCAUGGCCCGAGAACGGCCUCAGCCUCGUAAUGAUAUGUUUGAAAAGAUGGUGGCCGUGGACCCAGACGCCCCAACAGUCCAGGAAAGAGCCCAGCAGGGAGUGCUGAAAACUAGGUACAUGCAGUGGAGGGAGACGCUCAGCUCCACAACAACUCUGGGGUUCCGCAUUGAAGGAUUCAGGAAAGGAAACGGAGAAUGUCACACAAACUUCAAAAGGACGAAAAGCAGGGAACAAGUGGUGGAAGCUCUUGACAACUUUGUUGAGUCCAAGAGACACAUUGUGUGGGGCUACCUGAGACGGCUGAAACAGUUGCGACAGGUCCUGGAGGCGUCAGACUUCUUCAGGACACAUGAGGUUGUGGGCAGUUCCUUGUUGUUCGUACAUGACUGGACAGGCAAAACAGGAGUGUGGAUGAUUGACUUUGGAAAGACAGUGACCUUGCCACCACCCCUCACCUUAGACCACCGUACCCCAUGGGUGGAGGGCAAUCGAGAGGACGGCUACCUGUGGGGUCUGGACAACCUCACUGACAUACUAGCCAGCAUGGUACCACUGACCUGAAUGCCACUCCAAACACAUGUGGAAAUUUACUAUCAUCCAUUCCUUCAGCAAUCACACUGUGACUGACCUGUGCUGUCAGGUUUUCAGAAAAGCAUUAACAAUCAGAGUAAAACGGCAUUUUUUACUGUAAUAUUUAAUUGACAACAUUUGCGUUAAUAAAUUAAUGCUUUCCAGAUCCUUUUUUUCCAAUAAAUCAGUGAAUCAAGUGACUGUUAA